AUGGUCACUCGAAAGCCGGUCCCGGGGAGCCUCGUCCCGGGAUCAACAUCACCACCCAAAUCAACGGCAAUCAUACCGCCAUACCCAAUCACACCGGCAACUGCGAAUGUGCCCGCACCCUACCCAAUGGAUGAUGCCCGGACCCAGUUCACGGCAGACGCUACCGCAGACAAAGAGAAUACCUGGAAUCGGGAUGGAGUGGAGAGUAGGAAGGAAAUCCCGGAUCUGCUGCGAGUCGGUCCGCCCGCAGGAUACAACACGCCCAAGAUAUCACAGGAGAGGCUCAGACCAGAGGCAGCGAGCACGAGCACGAACCCAUACUUGAGGAAGCAGCAUAGCGGGAGCUCCAUGAACGGCAAUGAGAGUAGUGCCGGUGCUUGGGGCGGAUCAGAUGGGAGACCUGCACACCCGAGUGCGAGCUCAUCUACCAGUACGUACAUAUGCCCCCCGGCAGACUCUGUGCCCACGCAGUCGCUCCGUAACCUCUCUCUCUCAGAGCAGAGCACAAAUCCGUGGCAGCCCGCUCUAGAUUCAAAUGCGCCUCGGACCAGGCCACCCAUACCCUCAUUACCCCAAGAAAACUCAGGGAACGAUGCGUGGGCUGUCCCUCCCCCAGCUAGAGUAGCCCCUUCGGUGCCUCCAAUCGAUACCACGCAACAUGUCCUGAUCGAUAUUGACGAGCCUGAAUCCCCAGCCUGGGACGAGGAUGAACCGUCCCCAGUCAUACACGAGAUGCCCGCAGACAACACUUCGGCCAUGGCACAAAUGCAUGACGAUAGACACGCGUGGGAUGAUCAGGUGAAACCUAUCCCGCAAGCUUCGCCAUUCGUUGUACCCGCUGUGCCUUCAGAAGGCUCGGCUGUGCCACAGCAAGGCGAGGGAUGGAAUCUGAUCGACCAUGAACCCAUGCCAGUGGGAGCUCAAGAAAGCGGCACAGUCAGAGGUGAUGGGCAAAUCCUCGACAAAGAUUCUAUAGAGGAAGCUCCAGCACUCCCGCCGAGGAGAUCCGAGGACAAACCACCGCCACAGCCCCCCAGACCGGUGGCAUCCCAGACCAGCACCGGUGAUAGUCUAUCGAGCCCAGCCACACGGAAGCAGACCGGAGAGACGUAUGAGAUCAAGAAGAUUAGUUGGUUUGACAAAGACGCCAAGAAAAAUCCACGCAUAUCGCCGAUUCUGGUACAGAAUGCAAAUGGCCCUUGUCCUCUCUUGGCGCUAGUCAAUGCUUUGGUACUCUCGACUCCCGCGCAUAUUGAUACUGCUCUGAUUGACACUCUGAGAUCAAGAGAGCAAGUCAGUCUAGGGCUUCUUCUAGAUGCCGUGUUUGAUGAGUUGAUGUCUGGAAGACGAGGUGAUGCUGCUCAAGGGCUGCCAGAUGUCAGUGAUUUGUACAAAUUCCUCGUUGCAUUACAUACGGGCAUGAACGUCAAUCCUCGCUUCUUCUCCGCGGCACCAGUCCCGGGCUCGAACGAUCCUCGGAAUCCGAUUGAGGGAGAAACAUCCCUUCCUGGUACCUUCGAGGAGACAAGGGAGAUGAAGCUGUACAGCACGUUUUCUGUCCCACUCAUCCACGGGUGGCUUCCCGAGGUAAAUUCGCCUGCUUACGCGGCGCUCAAGCGCUCUGCUCAAUCGUACGAAGAAUGCCAGAAUAUGAUGUUCCACGAAGAAGUGCUAGAGGAGAAGCUGCGGGCUGAAGGUCUGAGCUUCGAGGAACAGGCAACGUUGGAGGACAUAAACACUAUCAAAGCUUUCUUCGCCAGUAACGCCACUCAACUAACACCUUACGGACUGAACAUCAUCACGGCAUCUAUCAUGCCCGGGGGAGUAGCCAUCCUCUUCCGAAACGACCACUUCUCGACGCUAUACCGCCACCCCGAUACCCUCCAGCUCCUCCAACUAGUGACUGACAUGGGCUACGCAGGCCACGAAGAAGUGGUCUGGGAAUCUCUGACCGAUGUCAGCGGCGAGAAAGCCGAAUUCCUUUCCGGUGACUUCAGGUUGGUCGGAGGUGCUUCAAACGCAGACCCAGAUACACGGGCGCCGGAUAACGGUGCGCAAGGCCACAGAGCAAUGCCUAGCUCGGCAUCUCGCUCAUCAUCUCGUCCACAAUCACCCAACACAGAGCAAGAAGAUCACGAUUUUGCACUCGCCAUGCAAUUACAAGAAGAGGAAGAGGAGCGUCACCGCGUCGAAGUUGCCCGUAGAAUGAGAGAGUCCGAAUUAAGCCAGCAAUACAUCGAACACCAAGAUCAGGCGCGAAACCAGAACCAGAACCAGAACAACAAUAUUCCCAUCCCUCAACGCCGCGGCAGCUCCACGCCCCAUGGAGGCGGUGGCCUUCGCCCGCGCCCCCCUUCCCGCACCAACACCGACGCGCCGGAAGCCCGUCCUGCCAUCCCACCUCGUCGUAUGAACGCAGGUGACCGGCCGGCAGACCCUGAAGCAGGCGACGAGGCGCCGCCGCCGACUUACGAGCAGGCUGCUGGACAGGAGGCAUAUGUGCCGCCCGCCAACCAUCCGGCGCAUCCGGGUAGUAGCCCAAUGGGAGUGGCGGGAGGGGGCGGGAGGAGAAUGAGUGCGUUUAGCAUAAAUAAUUCCGUGCAGAGUCCAGGUGGUGGGUUUGGUGGCAAUGGGAGAGGAAGUGGCAGAGGAGGGAGAAGACCGCCGUUUAUAGAGCAACUUCCGGGAAGGAUGGGGACGCUGGGGAGUGCGUAUCCUGGGGGAGCGCAGCAGCACGGGCAUCAAGGGAAGGAUAGGGAUUGUGUUGUUAUGUGA